UCUCUAGCAGGGGCGAUUUUGCGCGUUCCCGUGACUCGCCAUAGAAAACAAAGCUAUCUGAACGGCUUCCAUUACAGCGGAGGAUGCAGACUUCGAGAAUAUCCAAAUAGAGGAAAAUGCCACUGAAUAUGGAUUUACAGCGAGUGUAGCAUCGUUUGAUACCGGGCCUGCAAAGGCUAGUGAGACGGCAGGACACUCGUAAAACUGACUAAAUUAUAGUUUUUUUUCAGGGGGUGCUUUGUCUUGCAUUGCUUGGCCACCUAGCAGCAAACCAUCAUUGUAAUUUCGAUUGCAAGCUGUUCAGCUAGUGCUUGCUAGCUGAUGACUGGGAUAUAUCGCCAUGUUGUUAUCACAUAGUGACUGUUGAAAUAUACCAAUCUUGAAGCAACGGCGGAAAUUUUCUCCACCAGCACCCACCGUUUUGCCACAGAAAUCCCGAAUCCGUGCUACUGUCGCGGAACGCACUGGCUGUUGUGAUCGGCGACAUGGCGGAGCAGGGCUACUCUGCUUGGGCAUACUCCCUCGUGGACUCCAGCCAGGUGUCCACCUUCCUCAUCUCCAUCCUCCUCAUCGUGUACGGCAGCUUCAGGUCCUUAAAUAUGGACUGUGAGAACCAGGAGAAGGAUAAAGAUGGGAACCCGACGGCACCAGGGGCGUUCAAUAACGGCAACACGAACAACAGUGAGUCUCACAUCUUUGGUAUUCAGACCAUCGACUCCACACAGGCUCUGUUCUUGCCCAUAGGAGCCUCCGUCUCUCUACUCGUCAUGUUCUUCUUCUUCGACUCUGUCCAGGUGGUCUUCACCAUCUGCACUGCAGUUCUCGCCACGAUUGCGUUUGCGUUCCUCCUGUUACCGAUGUGCCAGUACCUCACCAGACCGUGUUCCCCACAGAACAAGAUCUCCUUCGGUUGCUGUGGCCGCUUCACCCUGGCCGAGUUGCUCUCCUUCUCCCUGUCCGUCCUGCUGGUCCUCAUCUGGGUGCUCACCGGACACUGGCUGCUCAUGGACGCUCUCGCCAUGGGGCUCUGCGUGGCCAUGAUCGCCUUCGUGCGCCUGCCCAGCCUCAAGGUGUCCUGCCUGCUGCUGUCUGGCCUGCUCAUCUACGACGUCUUCUGGGUGUUUUUCUCAGCCUACAUCUUCAACAGUAACGUGAUGGUGAAGGUGGCGACCCAGCCAGCAGACAACCCCUUGGACGUCCUCUCCAGGAAGUUGCACCUGGGCCCUGGCAUGGGCCGUGACGUGCCCCGCCUCUCCCUGCCCGGCAAGCUGGUCUUCCCCAGUUCCACGGGCAGCCACUUCUCCAUGCUGGGGAUCGGAGACAUCGUCAUGCCCGGCCUGCUGCUGUGCUUCGUGCUGCGGUACGACAACUACAAGAAGCAGGCCAGCGGGGAGGCGACAGGCCCCGGGCCUGGACGCAUGCAGAGAGUCUCCUACUUCCACUGCACCCUCAUCGGAUACUUUGUGGGUCUGCUGACGGCUACAGUAGCGUCCAGGAUCCACCGUGCGGCCCAGCCUGCCCUGCUCUACCUGGUGCCCUUCACCCUGCUGCCACUGCUCACCAUGGCCUAUCUGAAGGGCGACCUGCGGCGUAUGUGGUCAGAGCCUUUCCACACCAAGGCCACCAGUUCCCGCUUCCUGGAGGUAUGAUGCACCCUGGGAUACGCAGCCAGCGCUGGGAGGACCAGGGAGCCCCACCCCUGGACGGAGGAGAGAGAGGGACGCUGAAGAGAGGCCAAGUUCUCCUCAUCCAUGUUCAUACGUCAUCCAACCAUCCUCGAUGCAGCCGGCAGAGAGGCCCCAAGUCUGUGGGCCUCAUUACCGAACACGGCUCCCGGCUGUUUCCCUGAUCUCUCUCUCUUUCUCUCGCUAACAUCUUGUUACACUUUCUUUUCCUCCCUUAAGUCCCUCCACUUAUUUCAUAUCUACAACCCGGGUUCAUCCUCACCCCUGGAAAUCUCUCCCUUUUUACCCUCUCUCUCUUUCACUCUAUCAUCACUCCCAGCCUCCUCUUUUUCUUCUUAUGGGCCCAUUCCAUUUUUUUCAAGGCCUCUCCCUCUCUUUCCUCUCUCUCUUCUGCCCCCGCCCCUCCUCCCUCUGUCUAUCUGCUCUUCUUUCUCUUGAUCUGUUUUCGCCCCUCCUCCGGACUCCAAGGCUCCAGCCUUUGACCUCCUCCAUCACUGACUUAUGGUUGUGAGUCGUCUCUCUACUGGUUCCUUGUUUUUAGCGUCGUCAUCAGUAUGGUUCUUGUUUCUUCUUCUCGAGUGGGUCACAAAACGAAGCGCGCGCGGGGGAGCCUCCGCCCACUUUACCUCUCCUGGCAGAACUGUGACAUCAGCGCACAGGAAGUGGCGGUCAGCUGACAGGGGGAACCACUCCCCCAUCUCUCCUCCUCCAUCGUUACCUUGGUAACCCCCCCCCCCCAACACACCCCGGAACCCCUCAAUCUCGUGCCCCCAUACAUUGCUGCCCCUUCACAGAUACAUGUAUUUUAUUUAGAAAGAAGAUUUUAUUCUUGACAUAUACAGAAAGGAUGCAUUAUAAGUUGUGAAUGUGCCCCAGGAGUUUGAAGGGGGCACACAUCUCCUUGUAUAUAUGUGUACACAUGCAUCAUUCGUUUUGUGUGUGUGAGACAGUUGAGAGACAGUUGAGAGUUUGUGAGUGACUGAGUGACUGAGCGAGCGAGCAAAAUAAAUGGUCAAGUUAUUUCCAAUUACAAUUUUAAAACCCGAAGAAAACCUUGACUAUUAGAAGUUGUGGAUUGAAAUGAUGCUGAGGGUUGAUGGGACAUGCAGUUUUUUUUUGUACUGGUCUUAGACUUGUAGUCCUAUUCUGAUUGGUCUGUCGCCCAGGGAACAUUAUUACGAUAUAUUCUACCCACGAGUGACAGAAUGAACUUUGGGAAAACCCACAAGACCAUGGCAAGUGCCAUGUCUUUACUUAAAUGGGGGAGGGGUGUGUGUGUGUGUGUGUAUGUGUGUGUGAUUGCAUUAGUUUGUGUAAGUGAAUGUGUGGAUGCCUGGUCAAGUUACCUUUUUUAUAAAGCCUGUUUGGAUCUAGUUGAGAAGAUCUAUAUCCUUUUACAGGACUUAAAUAAUGGAUUGUAAUCAGUGGGUCCGUGGUAAAUGAACUAGCCCACCACCAGUCGUGUUCCAGUGAAGUUCCGAUAGUUGUUACUAUCCUUCUGGAUCACCACAUUCCUCCCACAGAAUUUUGUGGUGCUCGUCAAUUAAAUCAUAGCUCAAACGAUACUGGAAUUAGUGUGUUAGUGUUCUACACGUGGGAUGGAGCUAGAGAGAGACGUAUGGAAAAUAAAAUUUGCAAAAGUGUUUUCUUUGUUUUUUUUUUGUUUUUUUUUGCAUUUGCCCUCAAUUUUAUUUUGUUAAUUUUUUGUAAUUCUUUUUUUUUUUUAUAUAUAUAUAAGUACAUCCUUUUGGGCCUUUGCAUGUCAAGUUUACUGUGUGUGUCAUUCCCAUGACUGCAUCACCAGAGCAUCUGCAGCUUAGAAACCCUGCCGCCCCUUAAUCAAGCCACCAGGCCUGUGAGCGAGGCCACACAGAGACAAGAAGCCUGAAGGGUAUAGGCCAGGGUGGGCAGGGUCUGGGCCCCACACCUCAGACCAUCCCUGACCCACAACCCUGGUGGUGCGCAGGGGGGCGUGCGCCCUAGGCGUUGCGUCACCUGGACUCCGUUGCCGUGAGAUUGACGGACAAAAACUUCAUGGACCUCACAACCCUCUCCCUCCUUCGCUCACACACACACACCCCGAAUACCUGACCCUCUGCCACUAUGGACUUGGCAGGGAAAAAAGUUAUUGACUAUCAUGGUAAGAACAAUUGAAGAAAAAAAAAUAUAUUAAAAAAACACACAAAAAAAAAAAAAACGUUUGACGAACGAAUUUUUUGAACGAUAUCUUUCUUUGGAUCCCGUUUGUAUAUUUUUUUUUUUUCUUUCUUAGUGCCGUAGAAUUAGGUUUCCCCUCCCCAUUUUAUACUUUUCUUUCCACCUCUUGUCCCAUUAAGCAGAGAGACCUAUCUCUGCCGGUGGUUGACGUUACAGCUGAAUGGAUUCUGUAUAAAAAGUCGAGUAAAUAAAUUAAGAAAUGUGUAGUGAACUGUGGAUCCUGAAGAGCUGAGUCGCAAACAAUGUUGCUCCCCUUUUAACCCUGUUCCCCUUCCUAGACCCCGUCAGUCAGGAUUCUACUGUAAAUAAACAUGACUCUAACUGUA